GUACUUAUUAAUGCUACCGCAGAGCCAAAACAUAAACAAAAGAGGGUAAAGGCGAAAGCAGAAGAAACUGAUAAAACUUAAUAAAGGAAAGAGAGAUAAGAAAUAAAAGAGGAGAGGAAACGCAGUAAACGAAAGUUAGACGCAGUCAAAGAAGAUAACAGAAAGAAUCAAAGCUAUUUCUCAGAAAAAUCGGUGAAAGAAGAAUGGUGUCUUCCCUUCGCUAGAGGCAGAAGCACCUAAGGACGAUUUGAACAGAUCAGAAGUGAGCAAUUACAGGAGAGCGGAUUAAGGUAACAAACAUGGCCUCAUUUCGCCUUCACUCCGAGGACUCCGAGUUCAACAAUCGAGUGGACGCCCUCUUCAGCUCGCUCGCAACGGCCGCCACUGAGCAUGAGCCUCGCGUGUCCAAACGACCCCGCGAGGAGGACGAUAAUGACAGCGGGGACUCACACAGGAAGGAUGGGGAGUUCAAAAGACCCUUAGGCAAGAAUCUGAACCAGCGUGGUAACGAGUCGUCCUCCAGCGAAGGUGAUAUCCAAAGCCCCUGUGAUGGGGGUUCGUCCAAGGAUGGGGAGUUCAGAAGACCCAACAGUAGGCCUCCGAAUUGGCGAGGCAGAGGGAGAGGGCCUCUUAACAGCACCCCAGACUAUGUGAAGAAUCCCCAGAAGUGGACAAGAUACAGCAUGAGGGGAACAAAGGUACUGAGUGACCGAGAAAACAAGGCAGAAGGUUUGCGGCUCUUUGACAAACUGAGGACAAGAAGGAUGGAAGGCGAAGCAGGAGAGGAGGAAGAUGAUUACCAGCAAAAGGAAACAGAGAAGAUUGUGUUCAAGAAGCCUGUUAAAGUUGAAGAUGAAGGAGGCAUGAAUGAAAAGGAGGAGUCAGACAUGUCUGCUGAUGCCUUGUUUGGGGGACCAAAGAAAGUGAAGCUACCUGAGUAUGUUGUUGGCCAGACCAAACAAAGAAACAAGCUCAAGAAGAGAGCAGAUAAUGCAGAAGAUUCCCAGAAAGUUUCAUCUUCAUCAGAAGUUAAACUUGGGCAUUUGAUGUUCGAAGAAGAAGAUGAUUAGUAUUGGCUGACAUUUCAUAUCUUGGAAAAAAAUACGAUGCGGAACAGAAAUAAAAAAAUAUUAAGAAAAGAAGAUAGAAAUUUUGUUGGGAUUUGAGAAGAACCAUGUUAAAGGUGUAUGCUAACAUGGAUGGGGAUUAUAUUUUCAAGAUAUUACAAGAAA